GGGAGGGACGUGAGAGACAGAGUCAGGACAGCUGCGAAGUGCAGCCGCUGGCCGGCCGCAUACAACUCCCUUUUUCCCCGAAUCGAAGCCAGGCUCUCUCCUCCUCCCCACAACUUAAUUCUUUCUCCCACCCGCGUGGCCAUGGAUCUUUUCAGAGAAUCGUAUCGAGUCCAGGCGCAGGAAACUACUCGCUUUUCUAAACUGUUUAUGAAAACUGGUUUGAUAUCUGAAUAACUUUCCACUUUGCCUGACUGAUGUCUUCUGUGUCCUCAAGGCAAAGUGCCCUAUUUCGGCAGCUUUUGGAAGUUCGCAGUGGUGGCGGAGCUAUCAAGCACAGAUUAAGAGCUUUACGGGAGUGGUUUCAUUUCUGAUUCCUGAAUGUGGGAUAGUAUCAAAAGAACUGAAAAACCUGGUCAUGGAAACUGGACCCUAUUACUUUGUGAAGAAUUUACCUCUUCAUGAGUUAAUUACACAUGAAUUCAUCAAUACUUUUGUAAAGAAAGGUUCAUGCUAUGCACUAACUUACAAUACAAAUAUUGAUGAAGAUAAUACUGUUGUCCUGCUGCCAAAUGGGAAAUUAAUUUUAUCACUGGAUAAAGACACUUAUGAAGAAACUGGACUUCAAGGUCAUCCAUCUCAGUAUUCUGGCAGAAAAAUAAUGAAAUUUAUUGUUUCCAUUGAUUUGAUGGACUUAUCCUUUAACUUGAAUUCUAAGAAGUAUGAAAGAAUAUCUUGGUCCUUCAAAGAAAAGAAGCCAUUGAAAUUUGAUUUUCUUUUGGCAUGGCAUCAUACAGGUGUAGAAGAAUCAACGAUGAUGUCAUACUUUUCCAACUACCGAAUUCAGGAGCAUCAGCCAAAAAUAGCAGUGAGCACGAUGACAGAUCUGCAGUGCCCAGUACUGCAGAGCAGUGAGCUCAGGGGAAAGCCAGAGGUGUCCUGCAGUGCUGGGGAGCUCCUUGAUUGGCUGGGCGCCGUCUUCAGUAAUGCUGAACUAAAUAAUGAGCCUAAUAAUUUCAUAUCAACCUAUUGCUGUCCUCAGCCAAGCACAGUGGUGGCAAAAGCUUAUUUGUGUACAAUCAUUGGUUUCAUACUUCCAGAGAAGAUAUGUCUCUUGUUGGAACAGCUGUGUCGCUACUUUGAUGAACCAAAGUUAGCUCCUUGGCUUACGUUGUCAGUUCAAGGCUUUGCUGACAGUCCUGUUUCAUGGAGAGAAAAUGAACAUGGUUUUCGAAAAGGAGGAGAACAUUUAUACAACUUCGUGAUUUUUAAUAAUCAAGAUUAUUGGCUUCAGAUGGCUGUUGGGGCAAAUGAUGACUGUCCACCAUAAAAAUACAGAAUUUCUAGUCAUAUUUGUUUAUGUUUAUGCUGAUUUUCAGAUUUCUUAAUGGUAAAAGGACUGUAUUCAUUCAGGCUUAUAUGAUGAUGACAUAUCUUCUUAGAUAAGCAUCCAUUAGCAUUCUGCUCUGGACUUGGGGCCUGCGACUGUAGCUGGGCUUGUCAUCCAAUGAAUAGCUCUUAGUUGAUUUCUCCCUGUCAGUGUAAACACAGGGGUAUGGGUUACUACAUGGUAGAGUGUAGUAACUCUAUACCGUAAGGGACCAUUGGGUAAGAUGUAUGCUUUUAACACAGGCACAUGAUUACAACUUUUUCACGUAAUAAUAAAAAGAUAUCCUCCUAUCGUACUUAC